GGUGUCAUCAGUCAAAAGAGCUGCCCAUCGCCGCGUACUCUCCUUUUUCAUCCAUUAUCUCAACAACCAGAGCCCUCCGCCACUUAAAACUUCGUACACAGAUUCCUCUGAUUGUGGCUAUUUAUUGACCACCAAAAUUUCCCAUGUUUAUCCCUAUCUCGGACGUCCAGUACGAGUUUUAGCUUCCGAACCCCACCAUCCCUACUUGUAUGAGAAGCAAUACGCGAAAACGUCCCGGACCAUCAGGCUCGCCUGGUCUGUUUUUCUUGUUCUUUACCACUAUCCACUUUUAUUCUGACUAUAUUUACAGAGAACGGACACACAACGCCGGAGCCACAGGCUUCCUCCCUGGAUCUGGAGGGGGGUUCUGAUAUCAAGAAACCCCCUUCCAAGAAAAGAAAACUAGACAACUCACCACCAUGGAAAAGUGCAACUACGCAAACGCUAACUUCAUUCAUUGGGGAGGACGGUCGGCGCAAAUCUGGCCGAACAAACCCAAUUCCCCGGGAGCUGCAGCCCUUUCUAAAGAAUGGCACAACCCCGACGCGUCCUACAAGAUCUUCGCAGAGGCAAUCGGAGCUGAAGAAAAAUGCCCUGUUGGCUUCUGCUCCUGCUGCUAACGGAACUCGGUCGCGCAGUGCUACAACAACUCAAAGCAAGUCGCGGACAAGCGGGAGAGUUAGACCGACAACGCCUACUCCAAAAUCCUCUGGUCGCAAUUCUAGAAUCAGUCCUAAGAAGCCCUCAGCCCACAAGGGUACGCCCGUCAAGAAGUCAACACCUGCGAAGUUAACAUCAGGGCAAAAGUCAGCCCCGAAGGCUACUCCGGCAAAGUCGUCCGCCCCUCUUAAGAAGAGCCCGGUCGCCGGCACAAGAAAAAGUGCACGUACAGCUGGCAGAAAUGCCCCCACAGCGGGAGAAAUUAUCAAUGGGGUUGAGAUCAAGCCAGAGUCAGCGACAACUGGAAGGAAUGGAAUCGAUAGAGGGAUUGAUUUUGAGUCAGAUGGAGAGCUGGAUGUCGACCCAGACUUCAGAGCUCCAAAGAUUAAAUUGAGAUUCGGUAUACCCAAACCAGUGAUAACACACCCUUCACAUAUUCCUGUUCAGAGGGAAUUUGAUUCUUUUGAAGAUUUCCUGGAUCAUGAUGAUAUAGCCAAGAAUCCAGCCCUGUUGGCGGCUGCGGAAGAGGAGGCACGAGAAGAAGCUGCGAUACGAAAUAAAAUUGAAGAUGCUGUUGUUAAUGGACUCCUUAGACCCGACCAAUGUUCAUUGUAUCUCCCCGAGAAAGUGCCUGAGCCACCUCAACUCUAUUCACACCAAGAUCAUUUGGUUGCGCAUGCUUUGUAUCUGCAACGACUUUUGGUGAGGGAACGAAAGGAACAUAUUGAGAUAAUGAAAAAGCGAAAUGCAUUGAUAAUGGCAGAAAUCAAAAGAAGGAGACCUUUGACAAAAGAAGAGAUCGAGCAAGAGGAGUUUCUGGAGAACCGGAGGAUAUAUAGGGAACAAAUUUCUCACCUCCGCCGGAAAUGGGAGGAGGUGUUGAAGGUAUUUUUACCCUUGUUCCAGCGUCAUGCGCACAAAAACCCAAUUUGCCCCGGCACAGAGGAGGAUGUGCACUCAUUUUAUGUAAAACUCUACUCGUUACAGCAGCAGCUAACAGAUUUAUAGGAGGUUGAAACCCGCAGAAGAAUGAGGGCAGAAGAGGAGCAUCGACUAGCAGGCAAACAGCACCUGAAUCAAAUGCUUGAGCACUCGACCCAGCUACUCGAAGCUCGGCGAGGGGACCGUCACAACUCUGUGACAGCCUCCGAGGGUGGCCUAGACAUGGUGGAGGACGAGGAGGUGGAAGGAGAGUAUGAUGGAGAGGAAGGUGGAGAGGAGGAGGACGACGACGACGACGAGAGGGUGUCCGAAUUGGAAGAGGAACUGGAUGAGGCAAAUAUGUCGACUGCAGAUUCUGAUGAGGAAGAAGUGGAAGAUGACGAUGAGAAUCUUACGGUGGAGCAGCUGAAAGCAAAGUAUGCAGGUCUUGGCCCCAGUCGGACUUCACUUGGAGGCAAGGUGCUUCUCCAGGAGGACGAUCUAUCCGAUAUUGGGGAGGGGAUGUCGCUUGAUGGUAGAACACCUGUGCCAUCUGAUGCACCCUCGGAUGAUGAGAAUCCGGAAGAUGGUGCUUUCGGGAUGGAUGUUGACGAAAACCCGACUGAGGCCAUUGAACUUGAAGAAGUUGACGAUAUCCUCAUGGAUGAUAGCGACGAAUCGGUUGACAUGGAUUCUGAGAAUGAGUCGGAUGGCAACGAAGGCGGUGGAGAUGAUGAUUCCGAGGAUGGCUCGGAGAGCGAAAAUGGGUUUGGAUCUGGGUUGCUAGGGUUAUACGGGGACUUGCGUGGGUUGGGGGCCGACUCUCGAGAUCCGGGGCCUGAAAGCGAGGUCGAGAGUGAGCUUACGGAGCUUACGCAAGAGGACCGGAGUCUCGGUGAAUCCUCGGAUAGUAUUCAAAUAGGACCGCUAUCAAACGGUUCUAAAAUCAAUGGCUCUAAACUCAAUACCGCCGAUGAGUUAUUGGAGGAAGAUAGGAUCGAUGAAGUGAGCCUUGUUGUCUACGGAUCCCCGCCGGGCAAAGAUGUUGGAGACAAUUAUGUCUCUGCGCCGAGGGUUAUUAGUGGUCAAGCACUAGAAAUGCCGAUACUCAACGGUCAUUCCGAUACAAUGGAUGUGGAAACGUCAACAUCACUCUCUCACUCACAAGUUGAUUUGAAAGAAAGCGGCCACCCUUCAUCGCUUACAACAUCACCGGAAACCUCCCCCCAACCAAAUAUGGAUAUCAAAACUGCGAUUCCAUUCCUUCUCCGGGGGACGUUGAGAGAGUACCAGCACUAUGGCCUUGAUUGGCUCGCCGGGCUCUACGAUAACCACACUAAUGGCAUCCUAGCUGAUGAGAUGGGACUUGGGUAUGCUCUUGUGCUUCAAUAGAUAAUUUCCACUAGCUGACUGUGGUUAUAGCAAAACAAUUCAGACCAUCGCACUCUUGGCGCAUCUUGCGUGCGAAAAGGAAGUCUGGGGACCUCAUCUCAUUGUUGUCCCAACGAGUGUCAUGCUUAAUUGGGAGAUGGAGUUUAAAAAGUGGGCGCCAGGGUUCAAAAUCCUGACUUAUUAUGGAUCCCGCGAACAGCGGCUUGAGAAGAGAAAGGGGUGGUUUGACAACAACCUAUGGCAUGUGUGCAUCACUUCUUACCAGCUUGUCCUUCAGGAUCAAGUUACUUUUAAGCGCCGCAACUGGCAUUAUUUGAUUUUGGAUGAGGCCCAUAAUAUUAAGAAUUUCCGGUCGCAGAGAUGGCAAACUUUACUCAAUUUCAAAGCCGAGGCUCGUUUGUUGAUUACGGGAACUCCUCUCCAAAACAACCUAGUCGAGCUGUGGUCAUUGCUUUACUUUCUCAUGCCUUCUGGAGCUUCGAGUGCUAUGCCUGCUGGGUUUGCAAACCUAAAGGAAUUUCAAGAAUGGUUUGCGCAUCCCGUGGACCAACUCAUUGAAGGAGGCCGAGAAGGUAUGGAUGAUGAAGCCAAACAUACUGUCACAAAGCUCCAUCGCGUCCUCAGACCUUACCUUCUUCGCAGAAUGAAGGCAGAUGUAGAGAAGCAGAUGCCAGCAAAAUUUGAACACAUCGUUUAUUGUAGGCUAUCAAAGCGACAAAGAUAUCUUUACGAGGAAUUUAUGUCAAUGGCAAAAACACGCGAAACACUUUCAUCAGGCAACUAUCUCUCCAUUAUCAAUUGUUUGAUGCAACUUCGCAAGGUCUGUAACCACCCAGACCUAUUUGAAACUCGCCAGAUCGUCACAUCUUUCGCGAUGCAAAAGUCUGCGGUUGCCGACUAUGAGGUCAAGGAGCUAUUGGUUAGGCGGCGUCUCUUAAAGGAGGAUCCAUUCAAACCACUCUUUAGCACAAACUUCCUCGAAUUUUGCGGGCUUGUGCCCGCCAAAAACAACCACCUCUCGACCCAGCAUUCAGACGAGAUAUCAAGACUUACAUCGACGAAGCUCCUUCAAAAGUAUUACGAAGAUAGGGCGGCAGAUAUAAAGCCAGUAGAACCAGACUUCGCGACUGUUCGGGGGCAUGCAGCUUAUCUUGAGCAUCAAGCAGAAGUAUCCCAGGUUGAAACCCUCCAAUCUUGUGUUCGCUUGAACCGAUUGCGCACUCAGUACCGCCCCCUUUUUGGAAAGAAUCUGGUCGAAUUGUGCACCGACGGCGUAUCGGUUGGGCCUUCGAAGCCAAUACCAAAGAAUCGGAAAUUGAUAACCGAUUGGUUCCUUAAUCGAUCCGAGAUCCUCAGUUCGAUGAUACCAACUCUUGAAGACCGGACUCACUCAAUGGGGAGUGUGAUUGACAAGUUUGGUUGCAUUACCCCUGCUGUUGUCGCGACUGAUAUGGCAUCUAUAGCGUUAUCCCCACGAGGAGUCGAGCUUAUCCAGGAAACCCGAGCUAAGAAUCUAUUUCCAUCGGAUCCUUUCCAUCAGGCCAGGGUUCGACUAUCGAUUGCCUUUCCUGAUAAACGACUUCUUCAGUAUGACUGUGGAAAGCUACAGCGCCUAGACCUUCUCUUGCGUCAGUUGCAAGCCGGGGGCCACCGGGCUUUGAUUUUUACCCAAAUGACCAAAGUUCUAGAUAUUCUCGAGCAGUUUUUGAAUAUCCACGGUCAUCGGUAUCUCCGCCUUGAUGGAGCUACGAAGGUUGAACAGAGACAGAUAUUAACUGACCGGUUUAAUAACGAUACGAGGAUUCUCGUUUUUAUCUUAUCCACACGUUCUGGUGGGCUCGGUAUCAACUUGACUGGCGCGGAUACUGUGAUAUUCUAUGAUUUGGACUGGAAUCCAGCGAUGGACAAACAAUGCCAAGACAGAUGUCAUCGUAUCGGUCAAACUCGUGACGUCCACAUCUACCGCUUCGUCUCUGAAUACACCAUUGAGUCAAACAUUCUCCGGAAAUCAAACCAGAAGCGAAUGCUAGAUGAUGUAGUCAUUCAAGAGGGUGAUUUCACAACAGACUACUUCAACAAGCUCACAAUCCGUGACAUGCUCGGAGAUGAAGUUAUCAAGGAUCUAGACGGCGUGGACGAUUCGCGAACAGUGGCUGCAUCCGGGGUCAACAUGGAGAAAGCGCUCGAGGCAGCCGAAGACGUUGAGGACGUUGCAGCGGCCAAGGUUGCGCAGAGGGAAGUUGUGGAUGCUGACGGUGCCGACUUUGCGGAGAGGAGCACUCCAGCACAUACACCAAGAGAGCCCGGUACUGCUACUGCUGGAACCACGCCUAGAGAGCCGUCAGCACCUACUAGCAACGCCGCUAUGACACCGCAAGGGAAUACUGAGGAAUUAGAAGUUAUUACCCAGAGAGGUCUUGGUCAUGAUAUCUAUGGUGACGGCUGGAACCGGGUUGAUCGAGAACCAGCGCACAUAGACGAAUACAUGAUUCGAUAUAUGGAAUGGGAGCUAGCAGACAUCCCACUCGUUCUCCCAAGCAAGAGUAAGAAAAAAAGUAAAAAGGGAAAGAAGUUUUAGCCACCUACUUCCUUUUUUCCCCUUCUAUUCUUCUUUUCUUUCUUCGCUCCUAUCGGAUUCUAUCCUUACUUUUUCGUUCGUCACGUUUCUCUACUUUGAGAAAGGGUUCCCCCAUGAUACUCAAUUUUCCGCUCGCGUCUUUUUUUUUUUCUCUUCUAUCUAAUUUUUUUCCUCCUUCCCUACCUACACCUCCACCACUCCGCCCUCCAUUAAAACUUCGGCCCCGAUCACUGCCCCUUCCACCCAGCCAGAACUCUACAAAAUAGAACACACCAAAGUCCUGAAACACACCAUACGUUGGGCCAUAAACUAGGAUUUUUCUCUUCUUUCAUCCUUUAGGUUAUUUUCUCAAUCAACUUGGGUAUCUUCUCAAUCGUUUUCUUGUUUUCUUUCUUUUUUUCUCUUAUUAAAACAAAAAAAGGUGGUUUGGCAUGGGAGUCACGGUUUUGGAAUUUUUCUUAGUUUGUUUUCUCAUUUUUUUUUUCCCUUUUCUUUCUCCAAUUUGGAGUGGCGCGGUGAUGUUGAAGGGAAGGGGGAGCUUUUGAUUUUUUUUCUACCGAUGUUGCUGUUUUUGUACUCUACUCAGAUCAAAGUGUGCCGCAUGGAUAUAGAGGUUAUGGUAGGAGCAUGGAUCGAUCUAGGGGAAAGAGGGGGCUAAACACAAAAUUGGAGAUUUGCAGGAGGUUCGAGAUACAACGGCCUUUAUACUUCCCGCGGGUGAUUUGAUGAAUCCAAAAUUGCAUGGGUUAUGGAUGCCUCCUUGGCAGUACUCGGGUCCUGGUCAGGCAAUUAUUGCUUGGGGGAUCUGCUACGAUCCGUGUGGUUGACACCAGAUGGGCGCAGUAGAGAGUUUGCGCAGGUAGACCUAGGUGGGAGUUAUCAACGAUGUCACUAGGGGUUGCCACUCGCAUGAACAGCCCAUCAAACUCCCAACAGUUGUUGAGUUUCUUAAAUCCCAUGUAUUUAAGAGGUCAAUCCAUCAGCCAAUUCUUAACUUUCAUGAAGUUUCUCUUCUCAGGAUUG